AUGGUGGACGUGUCCAGUCUUUUCGUUCUAUCCUUCGUGAGCAGCCUGGUCUGCGCCGCCCCUCUUUUAUGUAUUGGGAACCAGAACGCCAACUUUCCAUUCCAACCGGCCGCCGCCAACGCCAGCCGUUCGCCUUGUCCAGUGCUCAACUCCCUCUCAAACCAUGGUUUCCUACCCCGCGAUGGCAGGAACAUCAGUCAGGACCAACUCAACUUCGCCUUUACCCAGGCUCUCAACAUCGAUGAGGCUGUGACAGUCUCGCUCGCGAAACCGACCUUCAACAUCUCGACCACAGGUGUCGCCGGCACCGUCAACCUCGAAGACAUGAAGGCACACAACGUAAUCGAGCACGACGGCAGCCUGUCCCGCGCCGACGAGGUGACUGGCAACGCCAACAGUUUCAAUCCCAUAAUCUGGAAUACAGUCAAGGCCCACUUCACCGGCCCGACGAUCGAUAUCAAGACCAUGGCUGCAGCCCAUAAUGACAGAAUUGCCGCUGCGACGGCAGCCAACCCCAACUUCUCCCUAACUCCGGCCCAGGUUAAGACCUCAUUUGCAGAGUCUGCCUUCAUCCUUGGAACGCUUGGAAACGAUUUUCAAAACCCGCAGACGUCCACCGUAUUCAUGGAGACUAUCUUUGAACAGGAGCGUUUCCCAUUCGGAGAGGGGUUUCAGACAUCGCCCACCAAAAUCACCGGUGACCAGGUCGAUGGGUUAGUUGCACGGCUGAUGAAUGCUACUUCACUUUGA